GAAACAAACAUGGCGCCAGCGCGGAGUUCGCUGGUCUGCCUUGUAACUCUCGUAGCUAUAUACUUCUCGAGAGCUGCAGGGCUUAUGGGUGACGGACAGGCUGCACGCAUCUUUGGUAUGCGACUGGAGGAGAGCAGCGUGCCGGUGCCGAGUAAAACGAGUGGACUGAUCGAGGUGACAGAAGGCAGCCGUAUCGAACUGCGCUUCUACGGGAUAGGACUGAGCUCGGAUUUCUCGACUCGCGUCAGAUUCGCCGAGGUGUUAGGACAGGGACAAGAGCAGGACUUCACUUCUGGGGGCAACCGCACCUGCCGGGAGUUCACCCAGGACAUCGAUGAGGUACGUUUCGUUAACCAGUCCAGCCGCGACAACUCCGGCGUGCUGAGCCUGAAACUGAAACCCCUACGCAAGAAUGAGAGCUCCAAGCUGUACGGAUUGUGUGUCCAAAGCCCCGCAGAUGGUCUCUGGUACCUUCUAGGGGGCAACGACGGCAAGCUACUGGUGGUGGAAGAGAAGAAGCCCCUGCUUCCUCUCUGGUUUCAGAUCAUCUUGAUCACCUUGCUUCUGGUGCUGUCUGGCAUGUUCAGUGGGCUCAACCUGGGGCUGAUGGCUCUGGACCCCAUGGAGCUACGGAUUGUGCAGAGCUGCGGAACGGAAAAGGAAAAGAGGUAUGCGAAAAAGAUAGAGCCCAUCCGAAGAAAGGGCAAUUACCUGUUGUGCUCCCUGCUGUUGGGCAAUGUGCUGGUCAACACAACCUUAACAAUCCUGCUGGAUGAUCUCAUAGGUUCUGGUUUGGGAGCUGUCGUUGCCUCCACUAUUGGUAUUGUAAUCUUUGGAGAGAUUGUUCCUCAAGCACUUUGCUCACGCCAUGGUUUGGCUGUAGGUGCCAACACAAUUAUGCUCACCAAGUUCUUCAUGCUCUUGACAUUGCCCCUCUCCUUUCCUAUUAGCAAGCUUCUUGACUGUAUCCUUGGGCAGGAGAUAGGCACAGUUUAUAAUCGUGAGAAGCUUGUGGAGAUGCUCAAAGUGACAGAACCCUACAAUGAUUUAGUCAAGGAGGAGCUCAAUAUGAUUCAAGGAGCUCUGGAGCUAAGGACCAAAACUGUGGAGGAUGUCAUGACUCAGCUGAGCAACUGCUUCAUGAUCCACAGUGAUGCCAUACUGGAUUUCAACACUAUGUCUGAGAUUAUGGAGAGUGGUUACACACGCAUUCCAGUAUAUGAGAAUGAAAGAACUAACAUAGUGGAUAUCCUGUAUGUGAAAGACCUGGCUUUUGUGGAUCCUGAUGAUUGCACCCCCUUAAAGACAAUCACUAAAUUCUAUAACCACCCAGUUCAUUUUGUCUUCUAUGACACAAAGUUGGACUCCAUGCUUGAGGAGUUCAAGAAAGGUAAAUCUCAUCUGGCAAUUGUGCAGAAGGUGAACAAUGAAGGAGAAGGUGACCCUUUUUAUGAGGUGCUGGGGUUGGUCACACUGGAAGAUGUCAUUGAGGAGAUCAUAAAGUCGGAGAUCCUUGAUGAAUCUGACCUUUACAUUGACAAUCGAACACGGAAGAAAGUGGCCCGUAAUAAGAACAAAAGGGAUUUCUCUGCAUUUAAACAUGAGAGUGAAUCUAAAGUGAAGAUCUCCCCACAGCUACUGCUGGCUGCACAUCGUUUCCUGGCAACUGAGGUAAGCUUGUUCAGCCAAACUCAGAUUUCAGAGAAGAUCCUGUUGCGACUACUCAAACACCCAGAUGUCAUUCAGGAUCUGAAGUUUAAUGAAGACAACAAGAAAAGCCAGGAACACUACUUGUAUCAGCGCAACCGGCCAGUGGACUACUUCAUACUCAUUCUGCAGGGAAAAGUCGAGGUGGAAGCUGGGAAAGAAAACAUGAAGUUUGAGACGGGCCCCUUCUCUUACUACGGCACCAUGGCCUUGAGUUCGCCCACUGUGGUACACUCCAAGCAACCACGUCAUCUCUCACUAAAAAGAAGCUCUCUCUUCUCUCGGCUGUCGGCAGAGAUUCGCUCACCAUCCCACAUGAGUGGACUGAACCGUUCUGCCUCACUGAGCUGCACGGAGCGUUCAGAAUCCAUGUCAAUCAGUGGCAGUAAUAAUCAGCUCAACAAUGUGGUGUCCCAGCAGUACGUUCCUGACUUUUGUGUGCGGGCGUUAACAGAUCUGCAGUAUGUCAAGAUAACUCGACAGCAGUACCAGAAUGGACUCAUCGCCUCUAGACUGGACAGCACACCACAGUCCCCCGAGAGCACACACACUAAACUGGAUGCUGCUGGCAUAUUGACUGACAGGCUGGAGAAUGGCCCAGAUGAGACCACCAGCCUGCUCAAUGAACAGAACUGUGUGAGCCGACGGUCAAAUCACAGUACGCACACAGAAAGUACAAUCUGAGAAUGACUUCGGCAGGGCCUCAAGCAGACCAAACCGGUGCUUCUUUUUCUCCAGCUCAUGAGUUGAAUGGAGGGUGAGCCCCAGAAGGUGCCCUACUACGGUUAAAGGGGUUGCAGGGUUUAAUCUCUCGUGAACACUCCCAAGCGCCUGGAUGCUUUUAAAAGACUAAUGACUUUCUGCUUCAGGCUCUGCAGACUUCUUUCACAGCAAUAAUCUCCCAUGUAACCACCCUCAUUUUGAAUUUCCCUUGCGUCUAUGUGAGCGGUUAAGGAUCUACAGGAUGGAUGAGGCUCAGACACAGGUCCACCCAUGUGCUGACUUGGGACACAAAUUGCAUUUGCUCUACCUUUGCAUGUCUUUCUUUCUUGGGUUUUUAUGAAAACGUCUGCAUCCAUUUCCUGAAGUUGUUGAGAUACCAUUUGCAAGUCACAGAAUCACCAGCCUAGUAUUCUGCUACCAGGGCAGGUUUUCCAAAUACUGUGAAAUCCAAUAGGUACUUGGUGCACCAAAGACGGGACUUGGCGUGUUGCAGGCUUGCACAUAUGUUGUCUUCCAGAAUAAUAGUAAGUUGUCCACGUGGGUUAGCAUCUCUAAAUGCAAUAGGUAGUUUAAAGCCAAUUUAGGAAUGGAGAACAGAAAAGAAAGCAAUGUUGUGGAUUCAGUGAGGCGUGGGCUUGUUUUUAUUAAGAGAUAUAGUCGUGUGGCUCCCCCCUGCUGUUUUGAUGCUAACGUCUUCCCAUGCCCACCAUCUGUCAUCAGUGUCCUCUCUCGUGUGUAGACGUUUUACUUCACCACAUCUCUAUGAGACGAGAUGCUUUGGAUUGACAACACUGGUGAUGCUGCCCUCUUCACGUACAUCAGUAGGGCUACGACAUAUCUCCAUUUAAGAUGGUUUACCCCCCAACACUGUCUCCUCGUACUCAGUAAGUCAACUUUGGGUUGUUUUUUUUUUUCUUUCUCCUGACUUCUUGCUCAUCUCCUUGCACUUUUGGAUGUGAUUGCUGGAUGGAAUGGAAGAAAAGCGCUUGAGACCUAAGACUCGGGACUGACCCCGAAAUGAAUGGGUCAGCGACAGAUACUUUGAAAGAAGAGAUCAUCAAAAGAAUCAAGUGAUGGCAUCACCAAGUGUCCUCCCUUCGCCGUAAUGUACUUGAGGGACGAAACUGUAAAAGUUCUAUUAAGUGGGUAUCCAUACGUGUCAUAUCUCGGUGCCAGUCUUCUUGUAUCAGAGGCUCGGGCGGAGCGGGGGACGCAAUCAGCCUGAGACCAUCCGUUCCACGGUGUUCCAUCAUGAAGGUGUCUGGGGGAAGAGCGCUGCUGCUUGACAGUAUCUGAGCACACCUUCCAACUGAACUGAAGGGCGACGCUGAAAUACGAAGUGAGGUGGGCCGGGGUUACAUUUACCAGUGUAAUAAUAAAGGGAUGCGGGAGAAAAGCUUUAGAAUGCUUCUACAAACCUGUAGAGCUUAUGGAAUAUUUAAGCUGCUGAAGUAAAGAGGACUUGUUUGUGAGGUGCUGAAGUUAUCCCUUUGGCAUUUCAAAGUGCAGAUUUUAAUAGAGAAAUGAUAUUUAUUUUGCAAAAGAUUUAAUUUGUAUAUUUUUGUGGUCAUUCAUCCCAGGAACACUUUGAUAUAUGUGUGUUUGUGUGUGUGUGUGUGUGUGUUUUUUUUUUUGUGUCUAGUCUCUUGCUCCGUUAUAAAAUACUGUAUUAUUAUUAUUAAUAUUCCUCUGUUCCGUUCUGGUAUCUGUAUGUGUGAACGUGGCGGGAGAUGUUCUCUCUUUUUCCUAACUGCACUCUUGACUCCUCAGUGCUGCUCUAAAGCCGCAGCAGUUUCUCCACUCUUUUAUUUUGUAGACUACAACUCUCGGCAAGUUGUUAUCCUGUGAGGAAAGUGGAAGGAAGUGAUUGAUGAUCUCAGGUACAUGCUCUUCCACCGCUUUCUUCUCAGGAUCGGUUUCCUGUUUUAAUUUUUUUUUUUUUUUGCACGUAGAACACACACACUCGUAUGCAUCACCCCUCUGUCGUGCACAAGUGUUCAGUUUGUUUUAGGGGUUCACAAAUACGCAUAAUGGGACAACCAAACGUGGAGGCGUGCAGAAGGUGGAGCCAUUUUGGGAUUUCUCUGAUUAGUUAAUGUAACGUGCUGCAAGGUUUGACAUUCAGUAUUCCAGAUAAUUACGUGGUGACUGACUGCCUGCCUGACUACAGGUACGCUGUGCACUGUCUUUAUUGUGUUUUCCGAGUGCAAAAGUACGAUUUUGUGUGCUUUGCUGAACGGUUACUUGCUGUACUCACUAAUUAUGUUACGACAGUGCAAGCUAAGAAGUUAUGCAGCCAGUACUGCCCUUUAAACAGAGACAAUGGCUGUAAAUUCUCACCUAAAUUCUAAAAAAACGAGGUUUCCUACACACUAGUCUCCCCAUCAGUCGGGUUUGUGACCAGUGCUGCCGAGUCGUUUGUCGGACAGAGGGGUCCGUGUCUUUUGUGUUUGUUAUUUUUCUCUGGAUCUCUGUAUUCGAAUAUAUUUUGGCUAAGAGUGUAGCCUACUGUAAUUCAGAUAUCUUUUUGCAGGGAUUGAAGUGGAGCAGUGGUGUCCAAGCGAUUAUUUUCUUACAACUUUUAAUUUUAAAAGGUUUAUAUAUUUAAAAAAAAAAGGGAGACAAUCAUCCAGUACCUUUCAUUGUCUAUCUGGACACAUGUUGCAGAAUAUAAAUUAUUUAUGGACUGCAGCUAAAAGUUGAAAGUUGCUACAUGGCCCAGUAAUGAAAGGCCGGUUAUCUGGGCAGGGCACGGCGGGCAGCAUUGCACCCCCCUGCCCGUUAGGUCUGCUUCAUGAAGCGCUCCAGAUACCAAGGGCAGUAACGUUCACUUGUUUGCACCUUUGCUUAUUUAAAUCCAAGCAGCUUCCUUUCAUAUCUUCCCUCCUGCUUGCCAGUCUUAAUGGCGUUCAAAGUGAGAUUCUCCAGUUUUGUUCCCUGCUUUUAUCCCCCAUCAAUCGGUUCAGGUGGGUGUUUUGCAAAUUAGAGGAAGUUUACAAAAUGAAAGUAGGGGCUGUGGGUUUGGGGGCAGGCGACCAUUGCCUUGUUUGUGGUCACAGAAUUUUUAUUUUUUUUUUUUUUUGCACAGCAUCUGAGAAACUGGCACUCCAGGGAGGGUAACUGAGGUGACCAACGGCACUUUCUCCUAGUCGGACUUUCAUUCCCCAGUCAGGCUUUGUCUUGUGCUAAAAUAUCGAAACCAUUUGUACGCAUUUUUCCCCCCAUUCUUUCCUGUUAAAAAAGUAAUGUUUAUUGUUGUUAAUUUCCACAAACAUGAAAACAAAUCGGCUUGUAUUUUUAUCUGUUAUUUUUAGGAAUAGUUGCUCCAUACUGUUUUCUACUUCAAAAUGGAUUUGCGUGACAAUCGCAUUUUUCAGUUUUGUAUUUUUUUUUUUUAUUCUAUUUGAAGUGUCAAUAUACUGGCCUAUAAUUCUGUUGCAUGCGUUAAAAUAAUGUGUACAUACUGUUUUUUAAUUUGUGUCUUAAAGAGUUUGGGAGAAACACAAGAAUAAUAAACAUGAGCUAUAUUUCUCUAAUAAUUAUUUA